AAGGGUAGACUAGAUAAACAUUAGCUCAUCUGCCAGACCAUGUAAACUGCUUCUCAGAAAAGCUUAUUUAUCGUGGUCUGUUAUUAUUAUCAUGAUUGCUAUUAGGCCUAUUAAUAGGCUAUGAUUGCGUAUCUGUGUGAUUGUGUAGACCUAUUUAUUUAUUUGCUACUUUUGCCUGCUUACUUAUUUUGUUUGUUUGUUAUUGCUGUAGACAUGCGAAUACGUAGGCUAGCCUAGACUUUGUAUCAUUCAGUUGUACGCUACAUUGUAUGCUUAGUAUGGCUACAUAAUAUCAAAGGGUAAGCAUACAAUGCUACAAUGUCACUGACCAUUGCACGCUAAGGGCGUAUUAUGUCACGCAGCCCACGUUAACGACGUAAAGUUUCCGAAAUAGGAGUCAGGCUGCUAUGAAAAAGUUUCGAGGACGUCUUGAAUGUUGAUAUCUUCCUGGAAGCAAAGUUGCCCUUAUAAUGGCCGCUCAGAUGUUCGACUACGGACCGGGGCGGACCUCCAGCCUACAUCCAUCCGAGGCCAAUUGGCCCACUUACUCUGAGAGCAUCAAUCAACGGAUGCGGGUACCUGAGCGAAUCAGAGUGGCUCCUGUUCCAUUGGCAGAGGAAGGGCAGAAAUCUGAGGAUGUUCACCCUGCCUACACCAUGCAAAUACCAGAUAAGCUUGCGUUAACAGCAGAUGUCCCAGACCUCAGCGCUCGGCCGAUGUUCAACAAGCACGGUUCAGGCCACGCCAGCUCCAUGUGGGACCUGCACCAGGGAGCCUUCGGUGUGGAUGCGUCCAACCAACACCACUCUGCCAGUAGCCCCAUUCGGAGGUCUUACAGCGAUCAAGCCUUUGGCCGCAGUCCCCCACACACCCCCACACGCACUAAAGAGGCCCUACAAUCCACACCCUCUAGCCGCUGUUCCGGAAGAGCCUCGGCUCCUAGCCAGCGCGGCAGUGCCACCGUCGACCCCCCCGCAGCCACCCCCCAGGCCCUGGCGCUGGGCUCCCUCCCGCCCAACCUGCUGUCUGCCCAGGGCGUGCUCCAGGCGGCCAAGGAACUGGGUCAGCAGGCCUCCCAGCGUCUCCUGCAGACUGUCGCCCAAAAAUACUCCUCCAGGUUUGGCAUCCCAGAGAACCCCUCACGCAGCUCAGCUGAAGUGCAGCCAUACACAGAAACCAGGAAAAGUGCUCUGCAGGAGCCUUGGUUGAGCCCAGAAGAGGAGUCUGGAGCAGCAGUGGAGUUCAUUGUGCUGCGGCGGCAGCUCCUGAAGAUGAGUCGUCGCCUCGCGGCGCUCGAGCGCCAGAACGUGGAGCACAAGCAGGCGGAGAUGCUGCUCUUCUCGCUCAUGGUGUCGGCCGUCCUGCUCAACGGCUGGCUGUGGAUGCGCAGAUAGCCCCUCGCACAGGUCGUCCCACCUGCGCUCGGAUCCCACUGCCUGCCCUUCGGGCCUCCGUCGAUGACCACUCUCGGUCGCAAACCCCUUUGUGUGGGAACUAGCCCCUCAAGCAGAGAUCCCCCACACCACACUAGGCCUAGCUAUGCUAACACCACUGAGGACUCAAAAGUAGCAACGGCUAGCUAGAAAACACCAAUUGCCCACAAGCACGGGGUUGAGUUGUUUGUUAGCAUGGUAAGUGUCGUGAAGGUCGCGGUGAUGGUUUGGGGUGUCAUUUUGAGUGUGUUGAUUUGCAAUGUCAUGUGUUUAUAAAGUCAGGAAAAAAAUGUGGCUUGAAAAGCUUGAGGUGUUACGGGCUUAGACAAGUUUAUUAUUUAUGACGAUGGAAAGUUAUAGAAAGUAUUGUAUUUGUAUUUACUCACUUGGCAGAUGUGUCUCGAGGUGUAUACUAUUAAGCACAGCAUUUUACAGGUAGACAUGAUCUGUUUUUGCUGCAUCUCAAUUAUUCCUCCAGGGCUGGUCCAAGCCAGUGCCCAGGAUAUGCUAUAUAAAUAUUUCUGUAUACACUACAUUUCCUGGAGCUCUGUUCACUUGUUCACAGGAAAAAUGUGACCAUGAAGUGUUUUUGGAUUCUUUGAGUUACAUUUUGUUUCUAUGUUACAGAGCUAUUCAGUGGUCAGCCAAACCUGUGUGUGUGUGUGUGUGUGUGUGUGUGUGUGUGUGUGUGUGUGUGUGUGUGUGUUAGAUGAGAGGAAAGGUUAUGCUCCAUAAGCCCUGCUGAAGCCACUCGCAAUAUUCUCUCCUGCUCUUAUCAUCGGCCAGAGCAGAGGUCAAACAGUAGCCUGUGGAUGCAGCAAAAACAAUGAACUCACACCGCACAAGCCCUCAUAUGUUGUAAGCAACUUCAUUGAUAUAUCGGGUCAGCUAUGAGAAAAUGCAAAAGUUCACUUCUAUAUUAUGCUCUUGAUGCUGUGUAUUUAUCAUCAAGGAUACACACAAUGAUUAUUCCAUGGAAUAAUUCUAGACCAUGACAGAAGCCUUAACUAUUGCCUAUGAUUGAUUGAUGAUUGAUUGACAGAAUGAUUCUUGUCUAACUUGAUAUUUAGGCCACAGAGUGAAAUGUGGAUUCCAUUAAAUCAGUUUUACAGCGGA